UGGAGAAUCUCGGUCGUUGAACAUCAAUAUGGCAAACUGUCUCCUUUCAAGUUAGCCUACCGAAUCUUGCUAGAAAUGUGGAGAACGUUGUGAGGGAAACGUCGGGUAAACGGGCUAUUUGUGAAAAUCACAGGGUGCAUUCCGAGUUUCGCAUGAAGCGCACAGACUGCAUAGAAAGUCGUUCCGAUUUAACUAAUGCGCGCAUUGAUAGCGUUUUGGUAGCGCUGAAAAUUCACUAAGGGCCAGUUUCACAAACUUCGGUUAGCUGCUAACCAAAGUGUGCGAAGAUGCAAGAGCCGCCGCAUGUCACGAGCGUGGGUCAGGGCGAAUUUUACACCGCUGCUGCGAAAUAUUGGGACCGCAUCCCGCCCACGGUGAACGGGAUGCUGGGGGGCUUUGGAUUUAUCUCGCAGAUUGAUAUAAAAGGCUCUGUGAUCUUCCUAAAAUCCCUUUUCAAGUUAGAAAAUCCACCUUCCAAAGCGUUUGCCCUGGAUUGCGGUGCUGGUAUUGGCAGAAUUACCAAGAAUUUGUUACUCAAGUUUUUUAAACACAUAGACCUCGUUGAGCAAAAUCCAAAGUUUCUAGAGGUAGCAAAGAUCUCCUUGGAAAAGUAUUCGUCGAGGAUCAGCCAAUAUUAUCCGAUUGGAUUGCAAAAUUUCUCUCCUACGGCAAAAAAGUACGAUAUUAUAUGGUGCCAAUGGGUACUGGGACACUUGAAGGACGACGACCUGAUAGAAUUUUUCAGGAACUGCUCAUUAGGUUUGAAAGAUAACGGUAUACUGGUGGUGAAAGAAAACAUCACAACCUCGAAUAAUAUGGAAGUUGACAAUAAAGAUUCGUCCGUAACGAGGUCAAUGGAAAACUUGCGAGCUAUAUUUCAAAUGGCUGAUCUUAUUUGCAUCAAGGAACAACAACAGACUAAAUUCCCACCCGGUUUAUAUCCAGUUUUUAUGUUUGCCCUUAGACCGAGAAAUCAGUGCGCGAUGUACGAAUCAAAUCUGAUCGCUGUGACUUCUUAGUUAGAUUUACAAUAAAUUAUUUAUUUUUCCAUUAG